GAGUCAACACACCAAAGAUCAACAACAAAAAUGGCCAAGUUCCUCGUCACCGUUCUGGUCGUUGUGGCCGCAGGAGCCACAGCCCAGGGAUCGCUGUUCGGACUGUUUGGCCCCCCAGCCGGCGUUGGCUUCCCGGGCGGGGUUGCCCCCGGCGGAUUUCCCAGCUUUGGACCACCGCGAGCCGUCUUCGAGGGAGCUCAGUUUGUGCCGGCCGUUUGUCCUCCGUUCCCCGGGGAAAAGUAUCGCACCAAGACGCUGCAGCAGGUGGAAGGACUGGCGGUGGACGCGACCCUGCCGGAGGAUCUUCGCCAGCGAACGGUUCAGCUGAGGAGCUCGGCCGUGGCCGGAUUCGACCGGUGUGACGAGCUGGCCCAGGUGUGCAAUCCGCUCGUGAUUAAGCAACGCUUUGUGUGCUACUCCACGCAGAAGAAGGAAACCGAAGCCGACGUGAAGCUGGUCAAGGAUGAGGCCAAGGCGAGGGCUCGCGUUGCGGCGGGGAAGCAGUGAAUGUUGUAGACGAAACGAAUCUAUUUAUUGACGAGUUAGUUAGAAAAAUAAAAUGAAAUAUAUUGAAACAGAUAUAAUCCAAACCUAA